UGGCGGAGAGGGGGCGUGCCCAGCCUAAGGACCGCCCCUCACGCCGCACGUGGCCCCGCCCCUUAGGAAAGAUGGCGGCGCCCAUGGCGACGGGUUUGGGCGGGCGGCUGCGGGCAUGGCUGCCGCGGCUGACGCAGGUGAGAUGGAGCCGCUACAACCCCAGUUACAUAGAGCCAGAGGUGAACAAGGAAUUGUACCAGAAACCUCCAGAGGAGCUCACUGAGGAGGAGAAGAAGAAACUGGAGCUUAAGGCUGUUCAGCCCGUCAAAGCUGCACCCCCUACUCUCUCCAGCUCCGUGUUCAGCGACCCCAUGAUCAGUAAAUUCACCAAUAUGAUGAUGAAGGAUGGAAAUAAAGUGCUGGCCAGAAGCCUCAUGGCUCAGACUCUAGAAGCCAUUAAGAGAAAGCAGCUGGAGAAGUACCACAAAGCUCCAGAAGAUGAGAAGGAGACAAUUGAAUGCAACCCUUAUGUCAUUUUCCACCAGGCUCUGAAAAACUGCCAGCCCAUCAUUGGGCUCAGCAGCAUCACGAAAGGAGGCAAAACCUACCAGGUGCCAGUCCCUCUGAAGGACAAUCGGAAGCGCUUCCUGGCCAUGAAGUGGUUGAUCACUGAGUGCAGGGAGAACAAGCACCGCCGGACGCUGAUGCCUGAGAAGCUCUCCCAGGAGCUGCUCCAGGCCUACAACAACGAGGGCCCCAUCAUCAAGAAGAAGCACAUGCUGCACAAGAUGGCAGAGGCCAACCGGGCCUAUGCCCACUACCGCUGGUGGUAGGGACUCUGCAAUGGGACACGGUGCCAGCAGCCCCAGCACUGCCUGCCUGGGGGCAGCUGGGGAGGAAGAAGAGGGAAAGGGGGAAGAUCCCUUCCAUGCAGCUUCUGAAGUAAGCCAGGGAAAACUCAUCUGAUCCCACAAGGUUCCUCUGUGCUUGUCUGGAUGGGGAAAGGAGGAAUGUGGAGUUACCAACCCCUGCUCUGGUUAUUUCAUCGUCACUUCCCUGUAAAGACAAGCCUUAAGAUGUUUUCUUAAAGCAAUGCUGCACAAAGUAAUCUUCCAGUUACCUUUACUGUAAGACCUGUGAGUCUCUGCUCCUGCAAUCAGCAAUGGUUUCGGCUGCACAGCUAAGAACAGAGCUGGAUUUUUGUCACACCACAACACUUUGAAUGGUACAAAAGGC